GGGGGGGGGGGGUGGUCUCCCGAAUAUUUUGGUGAUGCGGGGUCUCUGUUGGUCAUUGAAGUCUCCACUCUUUGGAAGAGGGCAAGAUCUCUGGGUCGUUGAGGGAGGUCUCCCCAGGACAUUGGCGUCCACGAUAUCUUGGGUUAUUGAUGGGGGUCUCCCUAAGUCUUCUGUUGGAGAACUCAGCCCAGUGCCUCAGGUACGGUUACCUGAGGCCGGCAACUGUGCAGCCAUUUUGAGUGCUGAAUGUCAGUUGGGUUUGUCAGCUGGUGUCAGCGGGGGCCGGGGGGGUGCAUUUGCACACCUAACCGACUUAUCCCCCAAAGCCCUAAAAUGGAUCCGGGGACGUCUUCUUCAUAGUGAUAAGCUUCACCAUGGAUGGAGCUUGCAGAUCUUUCACGUUGGGUUGAUUGCAAACUGCUUUUUGUCUCUUGCGUCCAAGUGAUUAGUUUCGUUUUUGGAUUUUACUCAAUUUCUUAUAGCCGAAUUGCAGAAAAAUGAGUCCAAAUGUUGUGAAAAGAAAAUGUAGAAACCAGUAAAAUCUAGUGCUCUUAGAUACUGGGGAAGUAAAACUAAUCACUCCUUGAAAUGAAACAUUUUGGUAGUGAAAUGUUCAUCGAACAAAAAUAAGAUAAAAUCAUCUGAAAGAGUAGUUUCAAGCACUGAGAGUUCUGAAAAGUGGUUACAAAAAAUGUUGCAGAUCACAAGUUUUAUGAUACUUCAUAUAAAACACCAUGAUUACAGUAAUUUUGAUGAAUUCUGGUAUUUAAUUAUUUGCUGUAUUUGCAUUUUUAGCAGGGUAACAUUUAAGUGAUCUAAAAUGCUUAUUUACAUAGGUUGCUGUUGUUGAGUUUGUGUAAUUUCAUCCUGUAACCUGGUGUUUAGGAUUUAAACAGAAGUUUCAGGCUGGUAUUGUUAUUGUUUUAACUUUAACCACUACCAGAAUUAGAAACCCAAGCAAGACAUAUACUUUUAUCAAAUUGGUGUAAUGAAUACGUUAUCAUGUUGACGUAAUAGAUCAGUUGAUCACUUGGUAGUUUUUUCUGGAGAAAAAAGUCAGUUGAAUGGUUAGCUGGUAUUCUACUUAGUUUACCUGCUUUGUAACUUUAGACUUUGAGUAGAAUUCGCAGGAAUUGUUAGGAAUCGGAUGGAUGAGAGCUAGGACUGGAGUUGAUACAGUUGUAAAAGCCAGUUUAGCAGAUGUAAUAAACUUCUUUUCGUUUCAAGACUUUGCAGGUGACGUCCACCAGCCCUAUAUCUGUCUGAGCAGUGGAAGGUAUGAGGAAGGCGCAACUACUGACUGAUGACCUGUAGCCAGUCUUUUUUGCAGAGGGGUGCAAGGGGUGCCAGAGAUUUCUGUAAGCACGAAGAUGUCAGCCGUCGCUAGGCAACAGGGCUGAGACUGAGCCUCCCCAAGGCCAGCUUGCUGAGGUGAAAAUUUUCCAUUGUUUGGCUCAAGGAGGAUGCGCUGGAGAUGAAUUUUUCCUUCAAGUGAAGUUAUUUUACCUCAUGGGGUAAAGACAGGCACUGAGAGUAAGGGAAGCACCGUGUGGACCCAAGUAUCAGACGGGCCCCGGUAUGUCAGGGAGAAGAUUUUAAAAAGAAUUUUUUGGUACCGCUUACAGAGAGGGAAUGGCAACCCACUCCAGUACUCUUGCCUGGAAAAUUCCAUGGAUGGAGGAGCCUGGUAGGCUGCAGUCCGUGAGAUUGCAGAGUCAGACACGACUGAGCAGCUUCCCUGACUGGUCAUGAAUUGGUUCUCCAAGUUGCCUGUGUGCAUUUCUGCCAUUCCCGUGGCCACAUUUGGAGAGCGUCCUGGCCCACACAGCCGCGGAGCUGAGGCCAGAGAGACGGACGCACGGACAGACGACAGACGGAGGACGCGCUGGCCGCUGGACCCCGCUGCCCCCCCUUCUCCCUGCUGCCCGCACCUGGAGGAUGAGCCCAGCCUUCAGGGCCAUGGACGUGGAGCCCCGCGACAAGGGCAUCCUGCUGGAACCCUUUGUCCACCAGGUCGGGGGGCACUCGUGUGUGCUCCGCUUCAACGAGACGACCCUGUGCAAGCCCCUGGUCCCCAGGGAGCACCAGUUCUACGAGACUCUCCCAGCUGAGAUGCGCAAAUUCACUCCCCAAUACAAAGGUGUGGUAUCCGUGAGCUUCGAAGAAGAUGAAGACAGGAACUUGUGUUUAAUAGCAUAUCCAUUAAAAGGGGACCAUGGAACUGUGGACAGUGUAGAUAAUUCAGACUGUGAACCAAAAAGUAAGCUGCUCAGGUGGACGAACAAAAAACAUCACGUUCUAGAAACGGACAAGACCUCUAAGGAAUGGGUACGGCAACACCGGAAAGAGGAAAAGGUGAAGAGCCAUAAGUUAGAAGAAGAAUUUGAGUGGCUGAAGAAAUCUGAAGUUUUGUACUACAGUGUAGAGAAAAAGGGGAAUGUAAGUUCUCAGCUUAAACACUACAACCCUUGGAGCAUGAAGUGUCACCAGCAACAGUUACAGAGAAUGAAGGAGAAUGCGAAACAUCGGAACCAGUACAAAUUUAUCUUACUGGAGAACCUGACUUCCCGUUACGAGGUGCCUUGUGUCCUGGACCUCAAGAUGGGGACGCGCCAGCAUGGUGACGACGCUUCCGAGGAGAAGGCAGCUAACCAGAUCCGCAAGUGCCAGCAGAGCACGUCGGCAGUCAUCGGUGUGCGCGUGUGCGGCAUGCAGGUGUACCAGGCGGGCAGUGGGCAGCUCAUGUUCAUGAACAAGUACCACGGACGGAAGCUGUCGGUACAGGGCUUCAAGGAGGCACUUUUCCAGUUUUUCCACAAUGGCCGGUACCUGCGCCGGGAGCUUCUGGGCCCGGUACUCAGGAAGCUGACUGAACUCAAGGGCGUGCUGGAGCGACAAGAAUCCUACCGCUUCUACUCAAGCUCCCUGCUGAUCAUCUACGACGGCAAAGAGCGGCCUGAAGUGGUCCUGGACUCAGACGCGGAGGACUUGGAGGACCUGUCAGAGGAGUCCGCUGACGAGUCUGCCGGCGCCUAUGCCUACAAGCCCAUCGGCACCAGCUCAGUGGAUGUGCGCAUGAUUGAUUUUGCACACACCACGUGCAGGCUGUAUGGUGAGGACAGUGUGGUCCACGAAGGCCAGGAUGCUGGCUAUAUCUUUGGGCUCCAGAGCCUGAUAGACAUUGUCACAGAGAUAAGUGAGGAGAGCGGGGAGUGAGCUCACUGGCUGCACCAGCACCUGAGAGACUCUCUGUGUCCCGGGCACAGCUGUGCUGUGUCGGGGAGGCGGCCCGUAUGGCCAGGCGGUGGCCCUGCAGCCUGGAGCUGAUGCGCAGAGGCCUCUGUGAAUCCCAGCCUGAGCCAGCCCCAGCCGCGCUCGGAGUCUUUAUUUAUUUUAACUAUUUCUUCGACAUUCCACAUUUGAUGAUGCAGAUACCUCUUUCUUCCCUGAGUGUAAAUGUUCUAAUACAAAUCUUUUUGUUAACUGUAACA